AUGGCCAUGCAUGACGGUGCUCCGAUCUCCCUGGCCUCGGCUGAGAUGGCUCUCCCUCUCAUCACGAGUCUUGAAAUUCGACUUGGCGACAACGACAUUCUGCAAACAUACCUGUUCUCUGGCGAUGCGUCUGAUAUCAACUGCGACUUUGUGACUGGCCUUCUUGCACCAUACGAAGAGAUUGUCUGCCUACGAGACGCAGCCGCUGUGGCACCCGAGCAGUUGACACGAGGGAGAUUUGACUCCCCAUUGGCACUGUCCACGACUUUGUGUUGCUCUACGUCAUCUUUCCCUUUGACACUCGGGCCUGUGUUCGAAGCCUCCCCCAGUGUCGCGCCGGUGAAGACGAUGGUGUCCAUGGCGAUAUUCGAGUGUUGCGUGCUGAAGAGAACACAGCGCAGAGAGCACCUCGGCUACCUCUGGACUGUCUGCGAAACGGGCACAGGGCGCAGCGCAAGUUGA